AUGCCCCUUUCGGAAGAAAAUAAUUGGGAAAAGCGCCUUCCAAAUCUGCCGGCAUAUCAAAAAUAUAAGAAGUUGGAUGAAGUGGACAUUAAAAGUUAUAAUAAUGAUAAAUGUGAUAAAUUAGCAAAUAGUGAUGAAGGAGAUAAAAAACUUUGUAAACAGAUAUUGAAAAACUUAUCAAUAUUAAAAGAUAAACAGGAUAAAGAACAAAAGGAUGGCUGCUUUUACUUUCAGUACUGGUUCCACGAGCAGAUAAGGGGAAAAUAUUAUAAUGGAAAUGUUCGAAACAGUAAAUAUUCUAUUGCUAAUAAACUUUUUAAUUUGGUAGAAAAAGACAUUUCAUCAUAUGAUAUCAAUCAAGCUUGUAAUGGAUAUAUAAUGGGUACUCCAGUAAUCUGGAAAGAAGAGAAAGAUUUACAUGAUUAUUUUGAAAAUUUUGAAAGCAUUAAAUGCAAGGAUUCUGAUAGAGAUGAGUGCCAAAAAUAUGUGAAAUAUGUUACGUAUAUUGAUGAUAUAUAUGUAAGAAAAUAUGAUGAUUGUUGUUAUAAUGGACAAUUAUAUUCACACUGUAUUCUACCUAUUAAAUGUGAUGAUAAGUACGAUACUGAGAAAUUAGUAGAUGAAUUAAAAAAGCAACUUCAAGAAAUAGAUAAGAAAAAAGCGGGCACAGAUGCAUCGGCACAGGAAGAGGAAAGGGCAAAACAGGAAGAGCAAAACCAUAAAAAAGUUGAAGAACCGGCGACAGAAGCUGAACAACGCUUAAAAGAUGAAGCUGUAUCAGGAAGAGGUGAACAGACAGUACGUGGCGAGCCGGGCGCUUUGCAACCUGAAACAUUGGGUAUUUCACUAAUAGAUAGUCCUGAGCACGCUGUUAAUGCUGGAACAACUUACAAUUCAGGCAUUAGUAGCGAUACAGGACAUGAAUUCCUGGAAGGUGUUCCUAGUACUUUGGAAAGUGUAUCUAAUAAGGUGGACUCAAACUUUAUUCGUAAUAGUACCAUGGCUGUAGGAGUCCUUGGGACAAUUUUCUUCCUUCUCUAUUACAACAUGGUAACAACAUAUUCUAUUUUAAGAAAUGAGAACCGUGUAUAUUAG